AUGGAGGUCUCAGGCGCUGCAGCGAAGGGGAAGAAGGGCGCGGCCGGGCGCAAGGCCGGCGGCCCUAGGAAGAAGUCGGUGACGCGGUCCGUCAAGGCCGGGCUGCAGUUCCCCGUCGGCCGCAUCGGGCGCUACCUCAAGAAGGGCCGCUACGCCCAGCGCGUCGGCACCGGCGCCCCCGUCUACCUCGCCGCCGUCCUCGAGUACCUCGCCGCUGAGCUGCUGGAGCUCGCCGGGAACGCCGCCAAGGACAACAAGAAGAGCCGCAUCAUCCCGCGCCACCUGCUGCUCGCCGUCCGGAACGACGAGGAGCUCGGAAAGCUGUUGGCCGGCGUCACCAUCGCGCACGGCGGCGUGAUCCCCAAGAUCAACCCUGUGCUGCUCCCCAAGAAGACGGCGGAGAAGGAGGGCAAGGAGCCCAAGUCUCCCAAGAAGGCGACCAAGUCCCCGAAGAAGGCCACCAAGUGUUCGUUGUUCGGCUAA